AUUGGGUCGGAACUGAACCCCUAAAAGUGGGUCCGCCUCCCGCCCUCGCGCCCACCCGGAGCUGAGUCGCUGGCGGCGGUGGGCGGCAGAUCAACGGGGAGUUUCCUCUCACCCUGGAUGGAGCUGAACUUUGAGUGGCCAGAGGAGCGCGGUCGCCCGGGGAUCGCUGCAAGCUGAGCUCUCCCCGCGAGACCCAGCGGCGGCGGCUUUAGAUUUUGGGGGGCGGGGACCAGCUUCGCGCCGGCACCAUGUUUCUGGCCACUCUGUACUUCGCGCUGCCACUCCUGGAUUUGCUGCUGUCGGCCGAGGUGAGUGGUGGGGACCGCCUGGACUGCGUAAAAGCUAGUGAUCAGUGCCUGAAGGAACAGACCUGCAGCACCAAGUACCGCACGCUAAGGCAGUGCGUGGCAGGCAAGGAAACCAACUUCAGUUUGGCAUCUGGUCUGGAGGCCAAGGAUGAAUGUCGCAACGCUAUGGAGGCCCUGAAGCAAAAGUCUCUCUACAACUGCCGCUGCAAGCGGGGCAUGAAGAAAGAGAAAAACUGUCUGCGUAUCUACUGGAGCAUGUACCAAAGUCUGCAGGGAAAUGAUCUCCUGGAAGAUUCCCCGUAUGAGCCGGUUAACAGCAGGUUGUCAGAUAUAUUCCGGGCAGUCCCGUUCAUAUCAGAUGUCUUCCAGCAAGUGGAGCACAUUUCCAAAGGGAACAACUGCCUGGACGCAGCCAAGGCCUGCAACCUGGACGACACUUGCAAGAAGUACAGGUCUGCCUACAUCACGCCGUGCACCACCAGCAUGUCCAACGAAGUCUGCAACCGCCGCAAGUGCCACAAGGCCCUCAGGCAGUUCUUCGACAAGGUCCCGGCCAAGCACAGCUACGGGAUGCUGUUCUGUUCCUGCAGGGACAUUGCCUGCACGGAGCGGCGGCGGCAGACCAUUGUCCCUGUGUGCUCCUACGAGGAGCGGGACAAGCCCAACUGCCUGAAUCUGCAGGACUCCUGCAAGACAAACUACAUCUGCAGGUCACGCCUUGCGGACUUUUUUACCAACUGCCAGCCCGAGUCAAGGUCAGCCAGCAGCUGUCUAAAGGAGAACUAUGCAGACUGCCUCCUGGCCUACUCAGGACUGAUUGGCACAGUCAUGACCCCCAACUACAUAGACUCCAGCAGCCUCAGUGUGGCCCCGUGGUGUGACUGCAGCAACAGCGGCAAUGACCUGGAGGACUGCUUGAAGUUUCUGCAUUUUUUUAAGGACAAUACGUGUCUCAAAAAUGCGAUUCAGGCCUUCGGCAAUGGCUCAGACGUGACCAUGUGGCAGCCAGCCCUCCCAGGUCAGACCACCACUGCCACCACUACCACUGCCUUCCGGGUCAAGAACAAGCCUCCAGGGUCAGCAGGGUCUGAAAACGAAAUCCCCACUCAUGUUCUGCCACCUUGUGCAAAUCUUCAGGCACAGAAGCUGAAAUCCAAUGUGUCGGGCAGUACACAUCUCUGUCUUAGUGAUCCUGAUUACGAAACGGAUGGUCUCGCUGGUGCCUCCAGCCGCAUAAACUCAAAUUCAAGGUCUGCUGCUCCCAGGUGUGGCCUGAGCUCACUGCCGGUUCUGGUGGUCACCACUCUCGUCUCCCUGUUAUCUGUAUCCUUGACAGAAACAUUGUAGCUGUGUUCAGAAAAGACGGAAAGACAAGCGAGAGAAAAGAACAAGCAAACAAAACCAAUCCUCCUGUUUCCUGUCCACUUGUAUAUCUGAAAAUCCAGUUUUAAAAGCUCGGCUGAGAAACGGUUUCGUCCAACUGGAACUCUUCGGUUGUUUUUAAGGAAGCGUCUCGGGACCCCGAGGGGCUUCCGUGGAAGAACCACUGCAGGGCUAAUUCCAGACUCAGAAGGCUCUGUGGCACGGUGUGGGCUAAGGGGACCAUUUGUAAACUGAAUGUAAAGCAAGCUUGAGGCUGUGUUUUUGAUGGUGGUGGUGAUGGUGGUGAUGGUGGCGAUGGUUUUAACAGCUUAAAGUCUGCUCUCUCUACUGGCUGGAACGGGAGAUGCUGUUGACAAAGACUCUUCCCUGUCUUGUUCCAUAGCUUUGAGCUGUAUUGGCAUGACUGCUGCCUGAUGCGGGUGACAAGAGGAGGUUGGCCUCAAGAGUGGACUUUUUGGACUCCGUCUUGUACUAAAAAUGUCCACCUUUCUAUGUAUGUCCUGCACACAGUGUUUAUGUACCUACCGACAUUUCUGUGACCCUCAACAAAACAAAAAACCCUGGUCACGUUGAAAUGUAGAACCUGUCAUUCAGCCCAGUAGAGGAGAGCGGCUGCGGGCCUCACACAGUGCUGGGAUUGCUGACUGACCCUCUCCUGAUCUUUGCCUGAGUGAGAAGCCCUUGAACAGGAGCCGGCUACGGCUGAAGUGCAACUCUUAAUGCUUUUUACACCUACGACAUCACACGUAGAAAAGGUGUUGCUUUACUAUUCAGUGGUUCCAACUACGGGCUUUCUACGUUUUGAAAGUAACGAUACUGUCCUUAUUUUUUACUGAUAGUUUAAUACAGACACAUGCAGUGUGUUUUCCUCUCAUAAUUAGUACCAGCCCCAGUAUUGACUUCAGCGAUAACAACUCUCGGAAGCAACCCCCGGGAGCCCCCCAUGCUUUAGCUGAGACUGCAUCACAUUACUGUGGACAGGCAGGAGAAAACAGAGCAGCCAGCCCCUGUCUACAUGGAAGGAACAGGUCGAUUCUUGUAAAGGGUGCCACGGUUUGGUGGCACGACUGUCAGUUGGCACAGCCCCGGUACCUUGGCUUUCAUGUUACCUGACAAGGGCAGCUUUGAUUACGACUGGGCAUAGGGGACACGAUGGAGAUGUACUGUGUUCUGCCAGGGUGCGCAGGAGUACCUGUGCUCCUGGCUGCAGUGUCGUGGCCACCCUUUAGAGUAGUUUGGUUUCGAGGUCACCAGGCAUCUGCUCUAUCUAUGGCCUUUAUCACAGACUGUGCCCCUGCAGAAAGGAAUGGUAUGGUGGUUUGUGGAUCUUGAGGGCUAACAUGGGGUCCGGAAAGGUGAAUUGGUUGUCAAAAAUACACAGAGCAGGAUUGAACUGUCUUGGUGGGACAUCUGGCUUACACAGCCCACACCUCCUCCUGAGUCUCUUCCUCACCUGAGCAGACCCUUGGGUGUAUAUCUAAGCCCUGUUUUAGGUGGUCAGGUUCAGAAUCUUCAGUUGAUUGCCUACUGACAACCAUGUUUCCCCAAAAGUGAGUAAAAGAAAGAAAUUAUUCCUCCAUGGAGCCCUGUAAGUAUGAUAUUGCUUCCCACCUUCAGAGAGACAGAGGUGGGAGCCCUGGGGUACACUUUCUGCUGAUACCUGCCCCCUCUGCUCCAUGAGAUUUGCCUUGGACGGUAACAGUCCACCUGGGAAAGGGGGAAGAAGUCUGAAAGUCAAGAGAUGGACCUGGUUUUCAGCUCUUUUGGUGUCUGGGUACAUCUAUAUCCAAAUGCUAAUGAAUACCAGUGUAAAAUACUUGGUAGCAGCAUUUUUUUUAUGUCAAAAUGUUUCAUGGGGAACGCGUCCAGCAUCCAUGUAUGCCUGAUCAGUGGGAAGUUCCGUGAAGACUCAUACGUACAGCAAAUAAACACCUUGAGUGUGUCAAAAGCAUUUAGGAUGCCAGUCAUGUAUGGAAGCGUAUCUCUUAUGGAGCAUAUUUUGUUUUAAUUAAGGUAUCUCCAUGUAUCUACACUGGACUAAUUACGUGUGGGUCUGACUGGGUGUGAUCCACCUUAGGAAGCUAUCGAUUGGCCCUGCAGUCUACUGCAGCUCUAAUUAGCUUCAGAGGACCACAGAGGAAACAGGAGCCCUGUGCUAACAAGGGCAGCCUUCAACGAAGGACUCAUAGUUAUGCAACAUGCAAAUCAAACUUGGAAAAGCUCUCGCCAACAAAAACCUGAUUUUCUUUCAGAAGUGAAAACAUACGAGUGCUACCAAAUCCUCAGUUUGAAAACAAAUAGCAGAGGAGUUAAACAGUGGGCGGGGCCUCUCUUCGGGACAGCGUGGUAGGGAGACUUAGAAAACCAGCUCAAGUCCAGGGGGCUUGUCAUUCCAGAUCUCAGCCUGACACGUGAGCUUGACAGAGAUUUGUUUGGAGAGUGGCGCGGGAAACAUGGCCGUCUUCUGCGCACCUGACGUCAUUCUGGAGCCCUGAUGAGCAAUUCGCCACUUCCUGUCCCUCUGCUUUCCCUUUGCACAGACCCAGGUUUGGUCUGCUGGGGUUGGAUUCCUUGCAGAAAGUCCCUCACAGAAGUUGGCUUUGCUUGUGUAGCAGACAGGUGUGUCCAGAGCAAUUCAGAAUCUAGCCCUGCCCUACUUCAGAGAGAGAAGGCGACAGAGCCUCGCAGGCAGGAGCACAGUCUUCCAGCUUGACCUUGAAUGUCCUAGAGCGGAUGGCCUUUGUGAGUCUGUUGGAGAGCACAGGAGGGGAGAUGCGCACAGCAGGGAGGGGAUUCGGCAUGGGAUGCCGCCUUUUUUCACGUCUGAUUUUAAACCUCUAAUAGAAAAAAGUAGACGUUGCACAUUGCAAAGGGUUAUUUUUCAUCGAGUAAAGAGAAUUGUAUCUAGGUGUGAUUGGAAGGUAGUUUCCAUUUUGUUUGGAAGGCAAUUCCGUGUCUUGUAGUUAAGCAGAAAUGUCUAAAGUUAUAGCUUCAAGUUCAUCCCAAUACAGCACAGGAACUCUCCAGAGUCCUGAGUUUAAUCCUUGUCUGUUAGUCAGACACUCCCAAACAUCCCAUCUGCUGAGUCAGAGACAAGAGAGGGUGAAAGUGUGUUUGAAUCAAUGCUUAGUUAGGAAAAGAGUCAUAAAAAGCAGUGGGGGUUUAUAUAAUUAGCAAUUAUUUUCUUAGAUUCAACAUAAACGUACUUCAGUUAUUACUUACAAAAUAGUGGACUCAGAGGAGCGAUCAUUGGGAAAUGUGUUUUUAUUCACAUAGCCAGACAUGCAUGGCUUUCCUGAUCAGUGUGGACCAGAGGAGGGUUGCUUAAGUAAGCUCUCGUUCUGCCUUUUGACAUCGCUCUGGUCUCCGUGGGUCACCUCCCUGCAGUCUCUGCUGUUGUUGCUUGUGCUCUCUGCCUGAGCGAAUGAGACCAUGGGAGACCCAUCUUUGUAAGAAAAACCGUGGCAACAGAUGGACGUGAAUUACCAUGGCCUGGGCACGGUGACUCCAGGCGGCCCAUCUUCCCUGAGCCAACAGGGUUUGGAGAGAUGAAGUGAAAUCAAGGUGCAGCAAGCUGCCAAGACGACCAAUGGGCUGUUGACUUUGCUGAUGCCCCUCACUGGGGCCGUGUUCUUCUGAUCAAAUAGCCGGUGUCCUGAGAGAGUCGGGAGGUAUUUGGAAAGGAAGCUGGGUGACGAGGGAGGGCUUUGCUUUUAGAAACCCUCAAGUCAAAGGCUAGGGCAUGUGCUGGGUAACAUGCUGUGUUUCUCUAUCACCCUGAGCAAGGACUCUCAUGUCUUUAUCAGUCACGUCUUGACUUUGAUGCGGCUUUUCUUACUGAGUAGAUUUAAGUCUUCUAGAAUUCUUCACGAAGAACCAUUACCUAGGAAUGAUAGUCUGGCUGCAGAGGCCUUACUCCCGUGGGCUCCUCCUGUGCCUCUGCCCUGGUACACACUCUGUAGGAUGACCAUUUCCCAAGGAAAGAGAUGUCUUAAGCUGUGGUUGGUUUGGUCACCGUCCUGUUGAUUGGUGACACCGCUACAUUUCCCUUUUCCUUUAUUGCCGGAGUACAUCAUAGAAUCUCUUCUAAUGUAAUCUUCACCCCAGUCGCUCUUAAUUGAAUGCUGCCAACCUCCAGCCACGUCCCGUCAGAUGCUCAUCUUGUAGAAGGAAGCCUGUCUGGAGCCAGGUGAUGCAGCAUUAAAUCAGGAAUGCCCCACCCCUCCCCCUCUCUUGAGAGUCGUCUUCACUUUGGGUACCCUGCCCCAAAGUCCUCAGGGGAAUCCAUUUGCUAUCUGGGGGCUCCCUGAUAGUCCCAGAAGCAGCUCAGAGUGACUCUUCAUCCGAAUGUGCCACCUGCAUUUCUGAUGAGUUCUGAGACCCAGCCCGGAGGGGUGGGGAAGGCACACAAACCCAAUUGCAGUAAGCUGCCUGUGGAGCGCUCCAGCCUGCUGCUAGCCAUCAAGGCCUCGGAAGCCCCUGAGGUCUGUCUCCAAGCUCAUUUGACCAACGCAGCUGUGACUUCGGCUGUCUGCUGCUGGCAGGUGCCAGUAUCAACAUCUUGUCCCACUGCCACGAGGAGGAUUUCAUUUCCACUCCAGGGCAGCUGCCAAGCCCAGCACCAGCACCAACAGAAGGAAUUCUCUGGGUUUUCUCUCUUUAACACACUCUGAAACCUCCUUAGUAGUCUCCACUUUCAUUUUAUAGGGGAUGCCAGGAGCCUGACCAGAGACGGACAGUUUCAUAGCACUGCUCCCGGCUUAAUGCCCUCCCUGUCCAGGCACAUAGCUGUGCUGACCUUGACUGGCACUUAGAGUGGACUGGGCUAGCCCUGGGUCUAGGAAGAUGCUCAGCUACUGUGUUUCCUGCCAAGCGCUGAAACAUGAGCAGUUAUUCUCAGGAACUGAGCAUGACCAACGCCAACAGAUCGACAUCUGCCAGGCCAGUGAGCCUACGGAGAUUCUCAUCUCCAUUAAUGGUGCCAGACCCCUCCAGCCACCACAGGGGAAUAGCCUUUCCAUUCCCCAUCCUAGGAAGGAAGGGUCAACAUCUGUCAACAUAGCACACAUGGUAGGCAGGUUCUGAUGCUGGCUGGACCACCCUUUGGCACAGCAGCUUACCCGCAAAGAACUGGGGCAUCUUGGGUUUCUUGGCAUUCCCAGAGGGAACACCUAUUUCUGUUUUCCUGAUAAUUGGUGCAAUCCUUUAGUUUUACACUUUCUGAAUAAUACGACUAUGGCUCUUGUUUCUCAGUUCCUAUCCAGACACAGCAAAGCCAACUGCUCUGAGGGGGGAGGCAAACACACCACCCUCAGUUCGAGCCAGACAGGCUCCCCGGAAGAACCCAGGCCUCAGAUGACCAGGAGCUUAGCAUACAGGUCCGUCGGUGGGGAUGUCAUGUUGGUCAGGAGCCUGUGACAAGCAUGGCACUGAGGGACACGGGAGUGGCUUUGAGUACAGCAAAAAGCAGGACCCGUUUUGAAAUAGUUUUAGCAUACAGAAUAAUGGGUUUCAUGAUUCUGUUUUCAUACACAUACAUCAUUGUGGUAUACUUCCUUCAUAUGCCUCUCUCUUGUCUCCCCAUCUCACUGAUGCCCUUCGUCUGGCCCCAUUUAAAUAGCUGAACUCUAUGUACAAGGAAUCUUGAUGCCCAUGGGACACAACAUAGAUCCCAAAGUGAAAGUGAAUUAAUGUGAAGAAUUGGAAAAUCUAAUGGUUGCUCUGGUAUAGGAAACUCAGGUUUGGUUUUGUUUCAUAGUAAAGAGUGGUCAUCAGAGGGCGCAGAAGACGGUAACCUAUGCUUCUAACACAUUAGACUAAGAUACCAUCAGCUCAGACCCCACCCCACCUCCUCACUCAGGCAGGGCUGCACGGUCCAGCAGCAUCAUCUAGGCAUGAGAAGUGCUUGAUCUGAGUCUGGGUUUUUACUGUUCGUCUGUGACUGAAGGUAUUUCUGGAGGAGGAGGAGGAGAGAGAACGCAAACAAGCUGUAAAAGCAGUUGAGCUCAGCUGCCGUGCUUUUCUGGAUUCAGAGAGAGCUGGUGUCCUUGGAGAGUUGAAAGAUGGCUUCAGAAACCCCAAAUCCAGAGCCUUGCAGCGUUCCUAAUUAUCUGACUUUCCUCUCUUCUCUCCCACCCAGGGGACAAGGGAAAGCUGCCCAUCACACAGCUCGCUUGAGAGAGUUUCCUGUCUUGUGCACAUUAUCCCUUGAUAUUGAAAUUAUUUUCUCUGUUUAAUCCAGCUCCUGCUGAGAAGCUGUGUGGGAUUUAGGAUGCAGGGUUUUCUCUUGUACUUUCCAAUGGGGUUGCGUCUUUUAUUCCUAACUGGAGGAUGUGUCUCAGCUGCUGCUGAUCUGGCCCUUGCAAGUUAGUUACAAGUAGAGAGGACUCCAGUUUCUGAUGAGGUAUUUUCAUUGUUCUGACCCAAACAAGGGUCCAGAUUCCUCUUCAGAGCCGGGAGGAGGAGAAGAGCAGGUUUGGUUAGGAGGUCUCAGGUUAGGAGAGGCCACCCUGUGUUCACAGUGCUUCCCACACACCGAGGAGGGGGAAAUUGCCUUGCUGAGCUGCCGAUCUCCAGAGGACAGCCGUUCAUCUCCCAGGUUGACCGCCCAUCUUCACGCAGCCCUUUGGACCAUGCUUCUUGCCAACAGAAGACCACCUACGCGUAGAAGGACAGUUUUCCGUUUGAACUAUGGCAGAGGUUCGGUGAUGUUUGAAUUUUCUGUCUGCCUCUUGCUCAAACCCUACAGAGUGUAUGUAGUCCCUUUGGCCCUCCCCACCCCCAAUAU